CUUGAACCUUGCUUUUUUUUUCCUGAUUGGUCUGGAAAAUACCAUCAUCUCCAGCGCUGUUCCCAAAGUCACGGAUGAACGACGUCGGCUAAUAUGUGAGUGCCUAUCUGCUCACAUUCCACUCCCCCAACUUGUGUGGGGAAAGUUUUCACCAUCUACUCGAUCAAGUGGACCUACCUGACAGCCCUGGGCGUCUUCAAACUUGGGUCUCUGGUGAAUGGUGUUGCUCCGACAUCUACCGUCUAGAUCAUUGAUCCUGGGGCUGGGCAUCGGACUCGGCUUGCAGUCGGCCAUUGCACCCUCCCAGACGGUUCCCCUUCUGUUUGAUGUGGCCUUCGGAACGUCGAUUAUCAUGUUCUUGGAAGAUAUCGGAGGAGCACUCAUGGAGUCGGUAGUGAACGUGUUUACCAACUAAUCAGUCCGCAACCUGGCCGAAUAUGUCCCUUCCAUUAACCCGAGCAUUGUGAUCAACGCGGAUGCGACUGGGCUAGUGAGCACCGUGCCCUCGUCGCUGUACGAUGCAGCCAUGUCUGUGUACAAGAAGUCUGUGAAACAGGCAUUCUAUGAAGCGACUGCCGUGGCGUGCUGCGGUGUCUCUGGAGUGUCCGCGCGUCAACAUCAAGGCGAAGAAGAAGCGGGAGGGGAAUAGUGCGUGAGAUUUGAGUUCGGACUUUACUUUUCUGGAAUGAAUCGAACAACAAUAACAACGAUGUGAUGGCUCUCACCAUGGAUGUGGCUGUGAUCUAUCCAGCGACAAAGUGGUCAAUUGCCGCGUGACACUCCUUGCAAGUACAGAAAAAGGAACUCAUAUCAUAAGAUCAGAAGAUAAGGCGAUAAGACGGAUGCCUGACGAGAC